GCUGCAAUUCAAACUUCAGGAAACGAAAGCGUCUGGUUAGAAAACGGUCUUGUUGUCACAAACAGACUCGUUUCAGGGGAUACCUGCAGCUCUCUUUGCCCAGACCAGAUUACUUCAUCAUCAACAUCAACAACAACAACAACAACAACAACAACAAAAGCAGCCAUGACAUCUAAAGGUGCAAAGGAGACCAUCGUUUCCAGGUUGGGUUUCAAGUCCAGCAGCUCUGGCUCCAAGGCUGAGGCGGAGCUGGACAAAGUCAGGAAGGAGAACGCUCACCUCAGGAGAAAGAUUGAUGAGCUGGCCAAACGACACAUCAAACCACCCGACUCGGACAAAAGCAAGCUGCUGGAGAGGAUACUUUCCCUUGAGACGCUGCGAGAGAGAAACAAUCAGCAGCUGCUCGUUAAAGAGCAGGAACUGGAAACCCUGAGACAGCAGUUGACAGCUAGAGGAGGAGAGGUGGUGGCGUCGCUGCAGGCCCAGCUGGAGCACCGGAGGAAGGAGGGUGAGCAGAGAGACACGCUGUUCCAGAACUUGUCACAGGAGACCGAGAACCUGAAAAACCAGCUGGUCACUGUUUCUACCCGGUGCCAGUCGCUGGAAACACAGGCGGUGAACGGACAGGUACCUCCUGCAGACUUGGCUUUGGUACAAGAUCAACUGAGAGACGCUCUUGAGAAGAACCAGCAGUGGCUAAUGUACGAUCAGCAGAGAGAGGCCUACGUCCAGUCCGUCCUUGCACGCACACUGGAGCUGGAGCAGCAACUGGCCCAGGCGAAGCAGCAACAAACCAAACAUGAGGCCAGUUUAGAUGCUCCUGCCAGCUCAGCCGCUCCAGAAAAGGAGGUUCAACUGAAGUACCACUAUGACCAGUUGCUGUUGGGGGUAAAGAAAGACUUGGAGAGCCAGAAAGAUCAGGCCGCCAGAGCUCAACAGGAGCUCAGUGUGCAGAAGGAACAGACCUUAAACGCUCAGGCUGAGCUGAAGUCUCAGAAGGAGCAGGUCAGCAGGCUCCAGGAGGAGAUGUCGGCACUGCAGAGGAGCUAUGAGGACAAGUGCGGCGAGCUGUCAUCUUUUCUGAGGAAGUACAAAGAGAGGAGCCACGAGCUGGAGGAGGCCAAGAUGCAGCUCCAGGCGGAGCGACACAGCAACAGGCAUGAAGUGUGUGAGGAGAGAAAGGUGUCGUCCGAGCGGGCAGACAGGAUGAGAGUGGAACUGGAGAGUAUGGACAUCAGAUUGGAGGAGGAGAGGAAGAGAUCUGCUGAACUUCUACUGCAGGUAAAUAUGCUGCAGAAGUCUCUUCUGAGCCAAAAUGAAGAACAGAGGAGAAUCGCAGCACUGGAGCAACAGAUCCAGCUGUCUGCCAAGGACUCCGAGAAUGAAAAGAUUGAUCGUCAGAGCAUGCAGCACCAGUUACAUAAGGUGCUGAAGGAGCUCCGCAAGGCCCGAGAUCAGAUUGCUAAACUGGAGUCUGCUAAACAGCCAAACGCCCGUUUUUCAGAGCCCAGCUCUUACAACAGCCUUGAGUUUGAGCGUCUCACUAUCGAUGACCCUCGAGGUCCCGCAUCUCCGUCCAAAGUUGCCAACCUCCUGGACGAGAGUUUCCUGGAGUGCCCUAAGUGUCGGGUCCCCUAUCCCACCAGCCGCCACAGGGAGCUCCUGGCACACAUCGACUACUGCUUUGCCUGAGUAAGAAGAGAGUCUAGAUCAGUGGUUCCCAGUAAGGGUGUCAGGACCCCUCCUCACCCAAGCAAGAUAGCAACAAGACAAAAAAAAAUUAAGCUUCAUGCUAUCUAUACUUCUUUCUUUUUUUUUUUUUUUUUACCCUCUACAGACCUGAAAUUUGAGGUUAUAUUUAGUUAACCUGGCCAUACUGACAAGCAGUGUGUGAGAAUGGGUAACAAGCUUCCUUUUUAAUGGGUCACAAAUCAAAAAGUUUGGGAACUACUGGACUAGAUCAUAAGUUCGAUUCAGGAAACUUAACCCCCUGCAUCGUACAUAUGCUAAACACCUGUCCUUGGUUCGAAGGAAAAUCUGAAUUCCAUGCUCAGCCAGUAUGCGAUAAUUUGAAAAACAACUCUGAUUCCACAAACAGAGCACUCUUGUCAGCAACAGAGCUGAGUAAACGAUAUUUUUAAACUCAUCUGGAAGGCUACCAACUAAUUCUUUGUUUCAGUUCCCAGAGCUGAUUAAAGAUGCAUAGUGGCUGAGAUCUCAUGCAAGAUGAUUAGUUUGAAAUACUACUCCUGCUGUCAUAAUGAUCAGUGGAUACAGAUUUGUGAUACAUUAAAUAAACACGAUUGGUUGUGCAAUUCCCACAAAUAUUUCAUUACUGCAGUAGGCUGUGGCGAGUUCUUGUUUUGUCUUCACUCCAAGAGAUAUUCAAAUGGUUAUUUUGCCCCCUUAUUUUAGUUCUUUUUGUAUGGGAAUCAAGGGACAUUAUUAAAAUGCUGCAUAUUUCAUCUUCAAAUCCCCCUUAAAACUAUUUAAAAGUCUGUUUAAUGCUAAUUGACCAUUUAAAGAAAUGUACUGCAGUUAUUUUUGCUCUUAGAAUACCAUCAGGCCAAAGAUGGAUCUGAUCAUUUACUAGAAAAGAUCAUAUUCCUUCCAUGUGUUUAUUUCUGCGGUCUUCCUGCUUCAUUUGUUUGAGUUGUAUUUUUCAGUUUUUCUUGUUAUGAAGCUCUUAGAGAAUUCUUUAUUUCUGUGUGCAUUUGAUGAAAUUAUUUAUUCUUGGGUCUUUUUUUUUAUAAGCGAGCUACUGCCUUUUUUAUUUUCCUUCAGUAAAUGUUAAGAAUAAUAAUUGUUUUACUAUUAAAUGUUCUACAUUUAUGAUGGCCUUUUUUGUAUCAUCAUGGGACCUUUUUAUUGUAUUUUGUAUAAAAGUUUACAAACCUGCCUCAUGUUCCACACUGUUCCUCCACUCCUAGAUUGAGUAAUUAUUACCUUUUUGGUGUUUUUGUAUACUAUUGAAGGCAUAUUUGCAUUGUUCUGACCCCUGAGCAGCAAUGCUGAGUUGCAAUUUUGACAGUAUUGAGGCAAAGGACAAAAUAAUAGGGAAACAUAUUUCUAUGUUCCAGCUUUUUUGCUUUCUUGGCUACAUUCAGUAGUCAUAAUUAUGGGGGGAAAAAACAUUUAACUAGCCUGCCGUGUGUUGUUGCCUUUUAAAUUCCUAGUGGUUGUUCUUCCAUUACCAAGUGUAGCAGUGUUUCUCUGUCUGCAUGUUGCAAACAAACCUUGUUGAAUCAUGUGACUGUAACCAUGACCAAGAUCUUUCGGUAACCUCAAACACAGUUUUAUUUGCCUAACAAGAACAUACUUUCUUCCUGGAGCUUAACUGGUCACAUGGUGCCAGGUUUUCUAUUUAUUCUCCCCUGUUUAAAUGAAGCUCAAUUCCAUCUGCACCUUGACUUUUCAAGUCUGCAGCCCUAUGAGGCUGGAAUGAGAUUGCAUGAGUUAAUUCCUUGUACUAAACUAUUUAAGGCAGGAGAUUAGUGAAGGUCCUCUCGGUAAGGGAAAAGGGUUAUGGUGUCUUUAUUCCUGCAGCCUUGGCAAUGUGACUAGAUAGACUUAAGACAAACACUGCUACACUGUCAUCUUUCGGAUAGUUGUUUGUGUCUUUUAAAAAUGCAAUCCAAGAAUGAUUUUUUUUGCUGUGUUUUUAGUUAUCUUUGUUUUAUUCUAAUCAUGUGCUCCAAAGUUGUUUUGCCAUGCACUGUACUGUACAAAUAUGUGCAAUAAAGAUGUAAAUCUUCCAA